AGUCUAGUGGCGGAUAUGGAUGUAAUGCCGACCCACCUCCUCCCAUCAAAAUCAACAAAUUUCCGUUGAAAAUGAAUCAUUCGGAGGGCAGUUUGUGACAGUAUUUAUGUGGCAGCUGAUUAGCAGACAAUUAAUGAGCAUUUAAGCCAUUCAAGCGCCCAGAAAUGUUAAAUAAACACAAUAAAUGUAAUUAAAUUAAUUACGUUCGGGUCGCUCGAAUAAUACACAUGAUGGUGUUCGUAAAAAGUUAAUAAAAAAAUAAAUAAAAAAUAGUUGACGAGAGAAAAGCCGUUAACACAAACCGGCGGCUGGAAAAACAUCAGCUGCGGCAAAGUAAACAUAAAGUUUUGGAUUCUGACAGUGGCUGUUGUGUUUGGACAGGAUCCGGGACUCCAUAAUUGCAUCCGGGUGGCAUUUAAAUUGCACUCAAGGUGGCAUUCGGCCACGGAAUUUUUCACAUGGCGUAUGCGUAAUCCGACAUCAUCUACCACCCAUACCCAAAUCCAAGCCCACACCCACCAUCAGCCUGGCCGAAAAAAAUGGGCCAAAUGUCAAUGAGUGAGUGGGCUGUGGAAACGCGGAAAACUAUACCGGCAGACUGGAUUCCAGUGCCUGUCCUGGCCAAAUGAUAAGCUAGCUUUGGCCCGAUAAACGAGGAGGAAAAAAUAAAAAUAACAGAGAGCGGGGCAGAGAGCUAAAAGCCAAGUCAAUGUCGCUGCGGGCGGCCAACCAAGUCCGGAUAGCAUCGACGAUAUUGCUUCUGACCCUGCUGGUGCCCCUGAGCCGGCAACAUCAAUUCGAGACGGAUGCCACAACGCGUCAUCAAAAUGUCCGGGACACCGUGGCGGAUCAGAAGUUUUCGCUGCCCGCCGUGCCGUUACCACCGCCACCGCCCUUUACGGCGGUGCAGCACAAUUUUGCAUUAAAUGCUUUUGCGGGAGGCGAGCAGGCGUCUCGGCCCUCGUCCUCCUCGUCCGCCUUCUCCGGCAGUAGUCCAGGAUGCGGCGGCGUCCUCAACAAGCGUUACGGCAUUAUCCAAACGCCGAACUUCCCGCACCGUUUCGCCACGCCCAUCGAGUGCGUUUGGAUAAUCGACGCCUCCGAGCUGCCCGUCCAGGGCAACGUGUCCAUCGUGGUGUACCUCACACAACUGUAUGUCCUCAGUGGUCUCAAGUUCACCGAGUACAUGUACUACUCCGACGACUUCAAGGUGCCUGCCCACCGCAUCUUCACGCUCACCGAGGACGACGUAACCCAGGUCACUUGGGUGCAGUUCCACAGCCAGUACCUCGAGAUCCGUUUCACCAUGGCCACCUUGGAUGGCACCCACCUAAGAGCCCUGGACCGUUUGCUGGACGUCUACGGGUUCAACAUCACCUACGAAGUGCUAAACGAUGUAAAGGAGACGCAGUGCAACACUUUGCAGUGUCGGUUCCUGGGAGAUUGCUAUGCAAGUGAAGAUUUUAGCUCCUAUGGGUGUGCCUGUUUUUCCGGCUUCAGUGGCAGCGACUGUGGACAUGGUCCCCUCUGCGAGGAUGUUCACACCAAUGUCUGCCAAAAUGGUGGCACUUGCAAGCACAUCGGCGACGCCGCCAUAACUUGCCACUGCCCCAAAGGCUUCAAGGGGACCAGAUGCGAAAUACCCGAAAUAAAUGAGACGACACUGGGCUGCACCAGGAAUACCAGCUCCAUUGACUGCCAUCAGGCCUGUGACUUUGACAGCCACAGUGGCGAGGGAUCGUCCUUUGGGCAAAGUUAUUCCGCCUUGAAGGGCAGGGGGAUUUCGGGCCGGAGUGGCAAGACGCGCUACGAGGUCACCAUGCGACUGGGGGCCAAUCUAACGGGAUAUUAUCGACAUGCCGAGCGGGAGCAGGUGUCGGGCGUUAUGGAAAGACAGGUGAGUUAA